AUGCCGCCAUCCUCCGGACCGCGGCCGCCGGCGCCACGGGGGGCCUUGGGACGUCCGGCGAGACCACCGCGGACGGGACGGGCGCUGCUGGGCGAGAGGAGCCUGCGGGUGGCCCCGGUGGGCGCCUGGGUGGAGAGCGGCCCCCGCGAGCAGAGCCGUGCCUUCGCUUCAGCAUUUCAGGUUGAGGAGGAGCUGAAGGAGCAGCAGAGGAGGAAGGCGAUGAGGCUGAGGCACUUCCAGGGAGAGGUGAAGCGCCGGGUGAACCAGCAGGUCAAGACGAGAAGAAAGCAGCAGCUGCAGAGGUCUUGUGAGGCGACAGAGAAGGAGAGCAACCUUGCCGUGCAGUGCUUGGGCUCGGUGCUGCAGCAGACCCCCCAGAAGAACACGUGUGUGUUCCGGAGCCGCCCCCUGCCCGCCAUCUGCAGCCCUGCUGCCCUGGCACAGCAGGAGGAGCACGGAGUGCCCAGCGAGCCCUUCCAGCAGCAAGCUGCCCAGCUCAGCAGAGCCAUGAGACAAGUCCGGCGCAGGCUGGCAUCCUGUCGGACGGUGCCCAAAGGCAUGGAGGCCCCAGAGCUCCCCGGCGGCACGUGGACACGAGGCCAGAGGCAAGAUGAAUCAGUGCUGUGUGCCCCAGUGUCCACUGAAGGUGAGAAUGAGGAGCUUAUUCUAGCAGGACAUCACGAUCUUCCAGCUGAACUGAAAGACCAGAUGACAGCUCCACAUCAGGCUGAGCAAGAUGAUGAUUUUUACAUCAAAGUGGAAUUUAGAAAAUUCUCUGAUGGAUCAGCGAAGGAUUUGAGCUCACCUGAGUCUCUGCAGAGAACGACCCUUGGUUGUCGAGCUCCCCUUGUCCUGUGGGCUGGCAUAGACCAAGAGGAAAGCAAGAAGCAGCGUCGGAUCGAGUACCUGAGGUGCAGGCGUCUCUUCAUGAGUGCCGAGCGAGAGCAAGUGAAAGAGCAGCAGAGGCAAAAGGAGCGGCAGAGGAGGAUUGCUGGGAUUAAGAGCAAGAAGGAGAACCAGCGCCAGGUGGAGGAGCAGAGGAUGCAGGAGGUGGCUAAGCAGCAAAAACCCUUCCUGGGGGAUGUUGUCUGCAAAGUUCUGGCCCAGCUUGAACUGGAGGAGAGGAGGCUAAACGAGGUCAAGCAAAAAGAGCAGCGAAAUAAGGAGUACACAAGGUAUGUCGAAGCUUUAAGAGCCGAGGUGAAAGAGAAGAUGAAACUGUACAACAUCAACUUGCCUCCCCUGUGCUCCUGCAGCUCUGACUUCUGGGAGUCCCACCCUGAUACCUGUGCCAACAACUGCAUCUUCUACAAAAACCACAAAGCCUACAGCCAAGCACUGCAGUCUGUCAUCUCAUCCUGUGACCUGGUGGAUGGAAGGCAGAAGCUGCCCCUCCGCCACCUCGCUGCUCUCUGCACCUGCCCUGCAAAACUGUGAGGAGGGCAGCGGUGGCGGUGCUGCAGUGUCUCAGGGCCGGAGCUGCACCGUGCCGAUGCGUUUUGAUGCAGUUUGUGCUCAGGUUUGCACAUCUUGGACUGGGUGCAGUUGGCUAUUGCACAGGACAAGGGCAGGUGUGGAGGAGCAGAUUGCUCUGUGCCCUUGGUUAGAGUCGAGCACUUGGAUUUCACGUUCAACUGCAGAAUAAACUGCAGCACAGAUGA